CCUAUCCAUUUUAACCUCAAGCAGGAAAAGCGUUCUGUACUUGCCAGACAUGUUCACGAAUCUAGAUGUGAAUCACACAGAACGCCAUGUACCUUACAGAACAAAGGAGACUUUCGGACGGCCUCUGGAAAUUAUGCAACUCUUUCUGGGAACGGUGGUCAUUAAGAUGUGUUUUGACCUCAGCAGUUAUCAGCUAUUUUCGUCCGACCUUGCCAACGAGAGGUCUCCUAUAUCCUCUAGAUAUUAUGAAAGAUGUUUAUUCGAAUUCACUCUUUCCGGCCGGAAGAGAGCCGGUAGGCUCUUCGGAAAACAAAAGAGCCGGAAUAUGGGGCGAGUGGAGACGAGAACCGUUACACAACUUGCUAAUGAUUCAAUACAGUUGUGAAGUAGAUACAAAAUAAAUAAAACCGGAGCCAGUGACGUGUAAUCGUCCCGCGAAAUGCGAAUUAAGUUCAAGGUGCAUUUGAACAAACGAAAGAGAACAAAAAGAUUCAAACCGUUACUAUAAUUAAUCGGAAUAAUAAAAAGAUACUCGAGUGUUCCGAGAAACACAAAAGGAAAAACAGGCAGCCGUUUAAAGCCUGACAGAAGCAUCUUGUAUCCGAUUCCGAGAAUACAUAACGAUAAUACCAGGAAAUUCGACCACGCUUAAUCUCGGAUGGACAAGAAGAAUUGCACUCGCUGUAGCAUGGUGGUACAAUAUGGUAAACAAAUGGGAGAGGCAUAAACCUCGACAAGUUCGCAAU